AUGCGGUCAGGUAGCGGCACGUGGGCACACCGAAAUGUGCUGUUUGCCAGCAGCGGGUACUUCAAGAUGCUCCUUUCGCAGAGCUCCAAGGACACGAGCCAGCCAACUGUAGCCACCUUCGAGGUCUUCUCUCCAGAGACGUUUAUGGUUAUCCUGGACUUUGUGUACUCAGGAAUAUUGCCCCUCACGGGGCAAAACGUGAUAGAGGUCAUGUCAGCAGCCAGCUACCUGCAGAUGACAGACAUCCUCAAUGUCUGUAAGACGUUCAUUAAGUCGUCUCUGGAUAUUAACGAGAAGGAGAAGGAUCACUACCUGGGCCUUUCAGCCAAAGGCACAAACAGUGAACCCGCUCAUGCAUCGCUUUAUCGUUCAAGGAGGAAAGCAAAGAGCAACCCAAGGCGCUCCUAUUCCGUUCCAGACGAAAAGGCAGAUGUGGUGAAUGAGAAUUCCUGGAGCAGUUACAGCACUUAUCUGUCCUCACAGGUGAUCCUUCAGCGGGCGGAAACGCAGCUCUCAAAGAGGGGCAGAAAGCAGGGCUCGGCCAGGAAGCGCCGGAAGCACUUGGGGCUGUCACAGACACGUGAAUUUGUGCAGUGCAGAGCGAGUAAAGCUGAGCGGGCUGAGGGUUGUAAUGCAUCAGAUUGCAGCCACAACUCUCGAGCUAAAGAGGAGGCUGAAUUUGAUGCCGAGAAUGACGUUGAUCGCGAUGAUGAUGGAUAUGAUCAGGAAUCAGGAGUGACACCCAAGAGGUGGUCUGUUGCUCAGCUGGAAGAACUGUCGCAAACUUCUGAGUUCAUGGAAUUAAAAGCAGAAGAACUGUACAGCUCAGUGCCCACAGUGUUAGGUGUUAUGAGUAGUUGGAAUGAAGAUGCCCUGCCUCGCCUGCGCUUCAAGUGCCCGUUCUGCACGCACACGGUGAAGCGCCGCGCUGACCUGAAGCGCCACCUGCGGUGCCACACCGGUGAGCGGCCGUACCCGUGCGAGGCGUGCGGGAAGAGGUUCACCCGGCUGGAGCACCUGCGGAACCACUUCCAGACGAUACAUCAAGCCGGCAAACUCAUCUGCAGGAAGUGCAAGCGCCAGGUGAGCGAGCAGACGGGCUGCGUUGUGCAGCAGGGAACGCGGCGCUACAGGCUGUGCCACAAAUGUCUGACAGGGAGCAGCCCGGAGGGCAGCCCUGAAGGAGCGGGCGCAGAGCACUGCCCUGCCAGCUCCGUGGGGAGCAAACAUUCCAAGUGGGCUUUGGAGGAGGAUCAGAGGUCGGAUGGUGACACAGCGGAGGAGGAGCCGUACGAUUUGGUUGUCCGACGUGGUGCCGAUGGCACCGCAGGCGAGGCGGAUGAAAAGGUGAAGCCAAAUCUUAGGUAGAUAAUUUGUAUAUUCGUUACUGCCGCAUUCAAGAUUAAACUGCUCGCGUUCUACCAGCUAAUUCUGGUUUGUCAGCUUCAUUAAUAUUAAAUGCUGCUAAAAUUCUGUUGCAAGGAGCAAAACGUGGACUCCAAACACCUUGGUUUGUGCUGGUGAACACCCAGCAGCUCCUGAACAUCACCCAGCAGCCACCUACUGCCUGCAACCUGCUAAGGAGCAUUGCUCUGCACUGUGAUAAAGCUUUACUCAGAGCUUCUGUUCACAGUGCAAAUAUAAACCCUUCUACAAGGAAGGUGCUCUGGUGUACAGAUUAAAAACAAACGAGCAAGCAGCUAUGGAUAAUUUGCUUUGGGAAAGUCUUACAAAAGUAAGCAUCUAAGAAGUGUAAAACAUUUUUGUUGCCAGCAUAAUUAACGCAUAUAUACGCUUAGGAAGUUUCUUAAAAAGGAGUGAGAAAAACGGAAUCGUUCCCGCUCUCGUUUUAAAGGGUUGUGCAGGAGGAACAGCCGCCCCCCCACAGCUCUGCCUGCUACGGCCCGCGGCGCCGUCGCCUCAGGCUCUGUGGAAGGCAGCCUCGCACUCGACGCCUGAUUGGCUAUUCCCAGUCACCUGACCCGGCUAGCCAAUGAGGUGGCGAAGCGGCCGCUGAAGCCCGGGGCGGUGGCAGUGCGUUUUCCCGCCAACCGCUGCGCUCUGGGGGCUUCGCCAAGGGGCGGGGCGGCGCAGGGCCGGGCCUCGCUCCUUCCUCACAGCCCGGCACCGGGGAGCCCCGGGGUUCGUCCUGAGUGAAAAUCCUCGCUUCUGUACACUUGGCAAACGAAUGCAUCUCCAACCUUAUUUAAAGGAGGGUUUUCUCACCGUAGUGGAGAACAAAGCAUAAAUACAAUUGAUUAAACUCAAACACCAGCAGCAAAAAUUACUCACACAGAAGAUCUUCCAGUCAACAGAUUUUAUUUUAUCCCUUUAAAACCUGAUUUAAAAUGACUUUACAACAAAACAGAGGUGAGGCACUCAGGUUUAGCACAGGGCAGACCCCCCCACCCCCAAGGCACUGCUGCUGAGAUCUGACACAGCUGGCUCUCAUUUGUGUUUAAUUGUCCUUUCUGAAAGAACAAAAGGAAGCAGAUCCAAACUGCCUUCUAAAAGAGGAGAUUCUGCUCUCACAAGGCUUAGAUAGGAGCAGACCUGCAGAGAAUCGACCAACCUCUUUUUUCAGCGCCAACAAAAGCUGUCUCUACUUUUCCCAGCCAUAACAUGCUGCAAGGAUUCCAUUG